GGUUUAGUGUAAAAACGGGUUGCUUAUCGUGGGAAAAGUGCGUAAAAUGCGUGAGUUGACCGUAUUUUGUUUCUGUGCAAAGUCAUAAAACUGUCUACAACUAGGUCGUUGGUCGUAAGAUUGUACAAAGCAAAUCGCUUGUUCGGUCUGGCCCUAUCGAACAAGCCUACCUUCGACUCUGUCGGUGCUGACGUUUCCGCAAAAGGCGCCUUCCAGUAGGCACCCUCGUUCGCUCCAUCCAGGGAUGCAGAGCAACGUAAUAAGGCCACAUAUUCGAACGGUAGUGUUUCGAGCGGACUAUUUUCGCCACCGUAUCUUACUUCCCUAAAUACCUGACAUCGAUCACUCGUCCAACGGUCCGCAAACCCCCCACACAUCGCGUUACCUUGUGUCGUCAAUCGAGUGUGUCACCGCUGCGGUGCACCUCGCCGUAUAGCUGUCAAUCUGCCGUUGCGGAGGUCGUGUGCGGUGAGGAAGUGCUCGGUCCGCUACCACUUAAAGCGCCAACGAAGCAAAACAGAAGUAGAAAGAAGAAGGUCUCGCGCUCCCCGGCACAAGAGGUUUUCCGGUCAGUCGUGAGGGGAGGAGAAAGGGGGUCUACUCUGUGUUACGCCAAGAGUCGAGUGGAGAGUAGGAAGCCCAUCGUCCGGUGGUCCCGUGAUCGAGCUCAUCUGUUUACUGGCCCUUCCAUUCGACGGGCGGACGUACAAGUAUUUCACGCAGUGUGCAUUGGUGCUCCCAUUUUCCGUGCACCCCGACGAGAACCAUCGCGAAUGACAUUCCUCCGUGCGCGGCUGACGGUUCGCAACGCAAAAGUGCACUCUUGUCUGAUGAUUCAAGGGUAGACGAGGAAAGGGCUGCCUGCGCGUAGUUAGUUUGUCGGAUGUAUUUAUGUGAACAAGCGCCUUGAUACACCCAGCUGCAUCUCCGAUGCAAACUGUAUCAUAACCAUCAUAAGCUAGUGACUAUACCAAUAUCGUGCAUUCGCGAACCGCACGACGAUUCCCCGAUCUGAUCGGAUGCCUGCGCCCCAUAGGCCGUCACCAUCGGAGUAAACAUUAUCGACGCAUGUGGGUGUGUGUGGACGGUUGUGUCGAAAAAAGUGAAAACGUGCGCGGUAGGUGGUGACGAGCGCCGCUGGCCGGGGGACGACCUACCGAAGAGUAGGCUUAUUAAACAGUGGUGUGUUCAUAUUCAUUUGAGGGCACACGCAAAACAACGUAACACAUCGGCAAGAGCUGUGGAAGCACGAAUUAGUGGACCAGCAUCGGGUCUUAUCACAAACGCCAGCAACCAUCGAGGCAAAACUGCAUUCUAGAGCACCGACGGUUUCGCGACGGCAGUCUAUCUUCCUUUGCGGUCUGGUCUGCUAACCCGCGAUACGUUCGAACACAGUGAACUAAGCGCAUCACAAUCGAUACAACCCAGGCACCGUAUACGCUGGAUUCAACUGUACCGCAUAUCAUCGAACCGUGUGCAGCGUAAGAACAAAUCUCCAGGAUGGCACUCAGUCAAACAUCGGUGCUGAAGGUGUACACUACGGUCAUCGACGACGUAAUCGCGGGCGUUCGUGACGCCUUUCUCGACGAUGGCGUUGACGAGCAGGUCCUACAGGAGAUGAAACAGGUCUGGACAUCGAAGCUGAUGUCCUGCAAAGCGAUCGAAGCUGCGCCGGAUCCACAAGAUCAGCAAGCACCGUCCAUCCUCUCACACAGCACUAAGUCCGUGUCGCAUUCAAAGUCCAACGGAACAAAGAAGUCCAAGGCAGCGGCAGCGGCGGCGGCAGCAUCUGCUUCGGCCGCGAAUAAUCAGCAGGAGAAUGGAAAGGCCAACGCCAACAGUGGUGCCGCUAACAACACGAAGGUGACACCCGCAACAAACGUAGAUCCGUUGGCCGAUACAGUCGUUCCUUCCGGCGGCGGCGGUGCUGCUACCGCUGGUUCUAAUGCUUCUAACGCCACUCAACAGACGAUAAAUCAAUCCCAUCAGCAGAAUGCGGCAGCGGGCAACAAUGUCGCCGGCAAUGCGACCGCGCCAAGCGCCCCCUCGAGCGGCGGCCAGCAGCAGCAGCAACAGUCCCAACAAUCAGCGUCGGCCCCGGCCGCCGUUGUGGCCGCUCUUGAUCCGAACAAGCUGGUCGCCAUACAGAUAACGCUGCCCGCGCAACCCAACGUGGCCAACAGUCAGCCACGGGUGCUGACGAUACAGGUGCCGGCGUCGGCGCUGCAGGAAAACCAGCUGCAGCAGGUGCUGACCAGUCCGAUCAUUUCCUCCAUCAUGCCUCUACCGCCGCACAUCGCUUCAACUGUUUUGCAGCAGCACGUGAAUUCCUAUCUGCAGAACAGCAGCAUUAAUUCCCUCUCGAUUCAAAAGCAGCUGGAUGGUGCCUGCGAUGACGAUCCGUCGGUGGACGAGCGAGAGAUAAAAGCGAACUACACGCUGGUGGAAGUGUCGAGCACAGCAAAUCGAUUCUUGCUCGAUCAGCAGCUUUUAAGCGCGUUGGCAGUCGGUCAAAGAUCAUCAACGGGCAGCGACGAUACUAUCACCUCUACCUGCGCCAGCAGCUCCGGUCAGUCGAUGGCCGCUAAGAAAAUUCGCCGUCGACCACUACGAGUAUCGCGAAAAUCGUUGAAAAAGGCAAAAGAUGAAGCGGUCUCAAUUGAAAUCUGUACCAGUAUGCAACUGGAUGGAGCAGUCGAUACGUCCGACGAGGAAGCGAGUGACAUCAGCGAUGACAACAUUCCGGACGAUGACGACGAAGAUCUGGAUAAGGAGGAAGAGGACGACCUGGAGGCAGAAGGCGGAGCAGAAGAGGAACCGUUGAACAGCGAAGACGACGUCACGGACGAGGAUGCCUCCGAUUUGUUCGACACGGACAAUGUCGUCGUCUGUCAGUAUGAUAAGAUAACGCGAUCUCGCAACAAGUGGAAGUUCUAUCUAAAGGAUGGCAUCAUGCACAUUUCUGGGAAGGACUACGUGUUUCAAAAAUCGAACGGCGAUGCAGAGUGGUAAAACGUUGAUACGGUUGCUCGAUAAGCAGGGCCGGUUCUGCCUGAUCUACAUGGUAUGUGUUUGUUUGUGCGAAUGCGAUAUCCCAGGGGAACGUUUACAAAAGAUGAUACAGAUCGAUGGAAUGUAAUUACUAGCAGCGUUACUAUGAUGCGAACGGACAGUCGAAUGGGUCACCAACGUGAGCCUUACAGUGGGAGAGGAGGGGCCAUUUUCCAUGUGAAUGAAAGGUGAAAGAGAUAAAACAAAUAGCAAUAUACAGGUGAGGAACGAAUCAGGAGUCCUUUAAUGCUGCUUCUAGAUGGCAGUAUUUUAGGUAUUGUCUACCGAAAAAGAUGCACUUAUGGCUAUACCCGAUUCCAACCAACUUUUCAACGCUCACCGACCAGCUAAUGAACCAAAUAGUAGGGAAGCAUUUAUCUCGUUCGAUGAUUUCAGCAUUGUUAAUCCACCAUCUCCACCCCCAACCCCCAAAGCACCAACUUCAGGGUUUAAUUGGACUGUAGCAAGCGAAAGAACCCUGCAUCAACUAUACGAUGUUUUUAAUGUAAUUAUUCUCGACAAUGUUUGCCUUUACCAGGAAACGGGAUGAUGUUGUUUCGCAUCAUUAAAUGAUUUACAUUUUAUACCGCGUUAUGAUGGCCAAUUUCGCUUUGAGUUAAAUAGAUGAACAGAAAAAGCUUCAUUUCAGUUCUGUAAUGAUGCAUAAUACUUCUAACAAUGGAGAAAAAAUGCAUUUUAAAUUGAACUUGAGUUAUGGUUUUGGUGUAUUCAUCUUAUAAGCUUUUAAAACAUAAAGCAACUCUACUCUGAUGCAAACAACAAACGUACGUAUAUAGGUUUGAUUACCGGAACCACAGCCUGUCUGAAACCCCGAUACGGUUGGAAGCAUCGUUAUGAUGAAACAAACAAACACACCAGCGCUUCUGAAAGUCUUAUAAAAAAUUGUCGAUUUAAUUAAUGAACGGAAUAGAAAACCAACAAAAUACUUGUGCCCUCGGUUACAAGUCAUAAGUGCUCAUAAACUAAAAAUAUACAAUCACAGGCUGCAGUUUGACGAUAUUGAAAUGUGAAUAAAAUCAUGAAAGGGAUAGCGUUCGCCGUUCUUGUGUCAUUGUAAUAACAAAAAGUUCUUCACACAACCCUUUCUACGUUCACUGGAAAAGGAACUAAGAAUUUUUAGUACAGUAAAGAAUUUCGUGCAACCGCCAAUGAAUCACAGUGGUUAUUUUGUUUUUUUCUUUGUAAGUUUACAUGUUUUAUUUGUCUAUGUAUUCACUUCAACUUGUGUCUUUUGUAGAGUCCUGUCGCUAUUUUAGAUUAUGGUUUCUUUUUUGUGCAGCACGUGGUGCAUGAUAACUUUUGGGUAGAGAAAACUUUGUUAGCAGAGAGUAGAUUUUUUUACAACGAUAAGAAACGAAUGAAGACGUUGGUUUUCAUUGAUAAACAAAACAUGUUUGUGUUUACGAAAUGCAUAAUAAAGAUGGAAAAAAGUUCAACGUA